AAAGGGUCAGAGAAACUGAAAUUUCAGACAAAAGGAUUUUAGAACCUCCACAAGAAAAAAAAAAGAAAAAAGAAAACACUCAAUGGAGACUUCAAGCGUGAAUCAACAUGACGUAUUCAUCCAUUUCAGCUUGGAAGAGUUCCGCUACUCUUUUGCCAGCCAUCUUUCUGCUGCUUUCAGCCGGAGUAGCAUCUCCGUGUUUGUCGCAGAAGACACCAGCGGCGCGGCAGUGACACCAAAUACUGAUUUUCAGCUACCUGAUGCGACUCAGUCUGCGAUUGAGGGAACUAAGUUCAUUGUGGUGGUUUUCUCCAAGAACGACGCGUUCUCGCCGCUCUUCUUGGAAACGCUCGUGAAGUUCUUGGAGCGGCGUAAAGACGGCCUGGUCGUGGUGAUUCCGGUCUUCUAUGCUGAUGUCACUCUAUCAAUGAUUGAGCGAAAGAUGGAGAGUUUCGGAGAGGCUUUUCCCGACCACCUAGUUGGAAGAUGGCGAAACGGUCUGAUUGAAGCCGCUAACUUGCGAGGCCAUAAGUCAAGUGAUCAACGAAAUGACUCGGAGUUAGUGGACGAAAUUGUUGCAGAUGUGCGCGAGAAGAUGUAUCCAACUGGUAAGAUCGGCUUUUAUUCGAGGUUUCUUGGGAUUGAAAACUUGCUUCGCAAGCAAUCUCAUGACAUCUACCGGCUGGGGGUAUGGGGUACGCCUGGUGUAGGCAAGACUACCAUAGCUCAAACAGCCUUUAACCUAAUGUCUCAAGACUUUGAAACUCAUUGCUUCAUAGAAGACUUCCACAUAAAGUUUCAGGAGAAAGGACUAUACAAAUUGAAGGAAGAGCAUUUCAUCGAAAAACUAAGAAAGAAAACAGUUCUUAUUGUUCUUGAUGAUGUGCGCAAUCCUAUGGACGUCGAGUCUUUCCUUGGAGGAUAUGAUUGUUUUGGUCUCGCGAGUUUAAUCAUCAUAACAUCCCGAGAUAAACAAGUUCUUUACCAGUGUCAAGUUGAAGGUUUGUACGAGGUAACAUCCUUAAACAAGAAGGAGGGUCUACAACUAUUCAACCAGUUUGCGUUUCCAGAGAAAGAACCAAGUGAUAGUAAUCUAGUAGAAGUGUCAAAGAUGGUCGUUGAGUAUGCUAAUGGGAAUCGUGCAGCUCUUUGCUCCUAUGGUAGAGAGCUGAAGGGGAUGACAAAACCAGAAGAAAUGGAAGUAGAGUUUCAAAGGAUCAAGCGUCAUCCUCCACAAGAGAUUAUGAACGUUUUUAAAAGCAGCUAUGAUACGCUCACCGACCACGAGAGGAACAUAUUUUUAGACAUUGCUUGUUUCUUUAAAGAUGAGCAAUUAGACUACAUCUUGAGAAUUCUUGAAGGUUGUGGGUUUUUUCCUCACGUUGGAGUUGACCGUCUUGUUGAUCGGUCUCUAUUGAUGAUAUCAGAGAACAAGAAGGUGAAGAUGCAUAAUUUGAUACAAGAUGUUGGUCGGAAAAUCGCCAAAACAGAAUGUAGUCAUAUUGCGAGAAUGUGGGAACCGUCAAGCAUCAAGUCAUUACUAGAAGAUAGUGAACCUAAGGAAACUGAAUUUAUUGAAGGAAUAUUUCUUGACACAACAAACAUAAAUGUUGUUGUUAAUCCUAAUGCAUUUGAGAAUAUGUAUAAUCUUAGGCUGCUGAAGAUUUACAGUUCAAGCUCUGAACCUUCUCAAGAACUAUAUCUCCCCAAGGGGCUAGAAUCUCUGCCUUAUGAGCUCAAACUACUUCACUGGGAAUAUUAUCCGUUGCAAUCCUUGCCUCAAGAUUUCGAUCCGAGCCACCUUGUUGAAAUCAAUAUGCCUUAUAGUCAGCUUCAAUACCUCUGGACAGGAACCAAGAGUCUAGCAAAGUUGAAGAUAAUAAAUCUUAGUCAUUCUCGGCAACUAAUUGAAGUUGAUGAACUCUCAAAAGCUUGUAGUCUUCAGGAGAUCGUUCUUAAAGGUUGCACAAUUAUGGAGCGCACCCCACGCAUUGAUAACCUCAAGAAUCUCAAACUGCUUGAUCUCUCUUGUUGUAUGAGAAUCAAACGUGCAGAGGUUAUUGAGAUGAUAAAAGUACCGGAGCUAGAGGGAGGAUUGAGAGAAACAGAAUCUGAAUCAAUGGUGUUUACCACUUAGUAAAGCCUGUGGAUAACACACGAGGUUUUUUUUUUUCUUUUUUUGUCAAGAACACAAGAAUUUAUGAGAUUACGCUAUUUAAAAAUCUUC